AUGUCUAACUCAACAUCCUCAUUCGGGCGAUAUUUCAAGAUGGAGUCUUCCGCCGAUUUCAUUUCAUCCACACCUGUGGUCAUCCGAAGCCAGCAUCUCAGUUACUACGUCGCUAUCAGUGCGAUAUUACUGGUGGCAUGGCUGUUCCAAACAUCACAGACGAGCAAAGCGAAGGCAGUAAAGGUGCCUUUCUACAAGGCAUCAAUAUUAAAAUGGUACUUCGACGCUGAGACUCUAGUCCGGGACUCGUACACUAAGUUUCAUGAUAAAGUCUACCAGAUCAAGGCGACAGAAGGGCUCCAGGUGUUGGUACCAGCGAAGCUUGUCGGCGAGUUGAAGGGUCUUCCCGAGAACGUUCUCAGCGCGACGGAGGCCGUGAGCGAGGCUUUGAUGAGCAGAUACACCAAGUUUUGCCCCGAACAACAUCAAGAUCUGCUGGCGACGUUGGUGCGGACGAGGCUAACGCAGAAUCUCGCGCGUCUGAUCCCACAGCUCAAGGAAGAGGUGGAAUACAUCACGGCGACCGAGUUCCCCGAUUGCAAGGAAUGGACGCCAGUCAAGUUUCAACCGUUUGCCUUGAGGUGUGUUGCACGGACAAGUGGGCGGGCUUUCGUCGGCCCCUCGAUCUGUCGACAGGAGCAAUGGAUGUCAAUCAGCAUUAACUUUGCAGUGCACAUCUUCCUGUCGCUGGUAAAGCUGCAGUUCUUCCCGGCGUGGCUCCGACCGAUCGGGCAGUACCUGGUAUCGGACCUAGGAAAGCUUCGGCAGGACGAGCAAGACGCCAAGAAGAUGCUGAUCCCCAUCAUCGAGGAGCGUCUACGGGAUAUGGAUUGCCCCGGCUACGAGAAGGCAGACGAUCUCAUCCAGUGGCUGCUGGACGCACUACCGGAAGGAGAGAAGAGGGACUACCAAGCACAGGCCGAGCUUCAGCUCAUCCUCAGCGCCGCCUCGAUCCAUACGACCAACAACCUCCUUGUUGACUGCAUAUACGACCUCGCUGCGAACCCCCAGUUUGCGGAAGAGCUACGACAGGAAGCCACCGCGGUGCUUCAGGGCGAUGACAACGGCUGGGCAAGGAAGGACUCGAUGAGCAAGCUCAAGAAGCUCGACAGCUUCAUGAAGGAGGUGCAGCGCCUGUCCGGCAACGUCACCUCCUUCAUCCGCAAGGUCGUGCAGCCCAUCGACCUGUCCGACGGCACCCACCUCCCCGCGGGGACCAAGGUGCUGGCCCCGCAGUGCGGCAUCAGCCACGACGAGCGGUACUUCCCGAACCCGGACCAGUUCGACGCCCUGCGCUUCUACCAGAUGCGCCAGCGCAGCGAGGACGACAUGAACAGGCACCAGUUCACGAGCAUCAACGACACCAACAUGAACUUUGGCGCGGGCAAGCACGCCUGCCCGGGCCGCUUCUUUGCCGGCAACGAGAUCAAGAUGAUCCUGGCGUACUUCCUCAUCAACUUCGACAUUAAGCUGAAGGACGGCGAGUCGAGGCCCAAGGCGAUGAUGCUGAUGAUGUCGAAGACGCCAGACCCGAACGCAGAGAUCCUGUUCCGACGAAGGACAGUGGAGGUUUGA